UUUCAGCAAAUGCAAAGCAACACAUUACACACGCAGUCCCGCUGGACAAUCACCAGAUCUACAAUUUCUAUUUCAUGGCACUAGGUGCAAACGUCAAGGCGUUCAUUUUGAGUGGGUCUUUGGUGGGUGUGGGUGUCUUGUAUUACUGGUGGCAAAGACGUCGCAGGACCUCAAAAGUCUUUCAAAGAGACAACCAUGAGGUGAUUGUUAUGGCCGAUGCAAGAUUGUUUGAGGAAGCAUGUGCUUGGGUUGGCCAGAAUGGCGCCAAUUUGCCCACUUCAGCUGCACUUGAGCUGUAUGCCUUCUACAAGCAAGCCACCUGUGGAGAUUGUCCCACUAGUCGGCCUAUGGGCUUCCAGGCUGCAGCAAAAUGGGAUGCAUGGAGUCAACUUGCAGGAUGCCAGCCAGAACUGGCCCAGGUUUCCUAUGUGCAAGCCCUUGACACCUUGGUGCCCAACUGGCAGUUUGGAGGAGAGCUGGACGAAACACAAGUGAGCCGAGGGAACGGUGCCGUGGGGGAGCUUUCCAUGGGGCCUGCAGUCAGCACGAUGGGCGUGAUAGGUGGCGAUGAUGCAGAUGUAGAUGAAACUCCAGCUGGGCAGCUGUGCCAAAAGAUUGCAGAUGGUGAUUUUGAGGCUGCAUCUAGCUUGCUUCGUGCCAGCCCACACCUAGCAGCGCAGGCUGACAAGGACGGAAUGUUGCCUCUCCAUUGGGCUGCUGACAGAGGAGACCUAGACAUGGUGCAGUUCUUGCUGGAGAUCCCAGAGGCCAGGGCAAUGAUAAGUGCACCUGAUGCUGCCGGGGAUACUGCGUUACAUUAUUCGGUGAUGUCUGAAAAUGAGAUGGUUGCACAGCUGCUGGUUGCCAAAGGUGCCAGUGUGAACCUCGCCAAUGAGGCAGGCGAAACCCCAGAAACGCUUGCCCAAGAAGGAGGCGAGCAGAAGAUCCUCGGCCCCUCCGGAUAAGCGAUGACAAGCGUCUCCUGCAGGAGCAUUGUGUUUCGGCAUUGUAAACUAUGAUGUUGCUAAGAUGGAAAUCAUUUAGCCUCUCAAUUGGAUGCAUGUCGCUGGUGAGUGUGUAGGUGUUUGCCUUCGAGCCGAUUAGUGCUACUUGCCUGUCUCACAGCUGUGAAAAAAAAACGAAAACAUAUGUGCCCGUUACCUGUAGCAGACAUCAUUGCUGUGAAUGUUGACUACUACCAGCAUGACAUGGUGGUGGGGUGUGUGAUGCUCUCGCUCUCGCUCUCUCUUGCUCUCUCGCUCUCUCUCUCUCUCUCUCGCGCUCGCUCGCUCGCUCACCCACUCCUUUCCCUCAUUCCCACGGAAAGUGCUCUGGUCUUCAGGGUGGCCCUGGUAAAGACGCUUUCGCUCCGCAGCCGUCUGGAACUUUCAGCCGGUUCAUCAUGCAGUUAACCCUGUCCG